AUGGACAAUAUAUCCAACGAUGUUUUCAAUCUCAUCCUGGAUUACCUUGUGAAUGAUGGGAUUGCAGUUGGCCGUCUGGCGUUGUGUUCAUCUACAUUGUACAAGAGGAUUCACGACAAUGAAACCAUCUGGGAGAAGCUGUACAAGACGCGAUGGACUUGGAGCUCAAGAAGCCAAGUCCCAGAAUCGUAUCGAGAGGAUUAUUUUCAGCGUCACUCAUUAGAUACUUCAAUGUCCAAGACACUACACGAAAUAACCGAAGAGUUGCAACGAAUUCUCGACCUUGAAGAUGGACGAAAGACUACAGUCGCCGAUGAUCCGCACAUUGGAAAGUCUUGGGACGGCCAUGCCUCUCGGAGCGCAACUCUAAUGCAUCGAAACUAUACCGAUAUGCUGAGGCAAGAGGCUCGAGAGAAUCACCCAGAAUCACCGACUGUAUUUCGUCGGCUCUUGGGAUUUCUGGCAUGCCGGUGUUUGCAAAAUAUUGAAUUUGGAGAGUGCCUGCUGGAUUGGAAAGAUCUCACAUUUGAGGACUUGUCGCAAACAACUGAAGCCAACUUGAUUCUGAUGGAGAAGUAUUCAAUUUUAAUCUGCCAAAUUCAACAAAGUCCAGAGCAGCAGUUGGUCUCGGACAGAUAUGGAAUUGCUGACAGCGUCUCUAAAGGUCUCGACGAAAUCGCAGAUGAUUGCAGGAAUCGAAUAGAAGAAGCUGAAAUAUUAGCGGGAAAGCCGAUGCCUAUUGCAGAUAAACUUCUUAUUGUCAAGGAUGUCAUAGUCAAAGAGCACGAGUUUGCAGGAAAUACAGAGAACUACUAUGACUACCGCAACUCUCUUUUGGACCACGUUCUGGAGACCAAAAAGGGCAUCCCAAUCACACUAUGUAUCCUGUUUGCCUGUGUUUGCAGACGAGUGAAUCUAUUCACUUAUUUAGUGGGUCUUCCUGGGCAUGUGGUUCUUGGUUUCCAAGCCGAUGAUGGAGAAAGAGGAACAGGAGAAACACUCUAUCUCGAUGUUUUCCGAACUGGCCGAGUGCUUUCCGAACGCGAUUGCCAAGCAAUUUGUGCUUCGUAUGGUGUCCCAUGGAAUGUUCAGUUCUUGAGACCACUGACAGCACACCAAGUUCUAGACAGAACUUUCAACAAUCUAUCCAACUGCCACCUACAAGGGAUGGCAAAUCAAUCCACAUCACCAUUUCGAUCCGAGUUGUUCUUCCGACAACGGGCACUCUCGUCGAUUCACCGCCAGCCAAAGAGUAUUGCUGGUCCUCUGGUAGAAAGAAUUACACAUGAUUUGCCAUUAACCUUAUCUCCGGAGCUUUUGCGGCAUUAUGGUCUACUCUCCGAUGAUCCAGUACCAAUUUACAACUAA